AUGGCUUCCCUCUUCAACAAGUUCCAAGAGGCGAUCAGAACAAUUGCUAAGAGCCCCAUGUUUGCUCGUGAUCCAAGGCACCUUCAAUUUGAAGCUGAUGUAAAUCGUUUGUUUCUCUAUACAAGCUAUUCUUGGCUGGGUGAGAAUGCUGAAGAGAAGGACGCAGAGGAGAUUAUUGACUUGGCUAGCAAAGCUUCUGUUGCUGAUCAGCAGAAACAAGUGCAGGAAAAUGUUCAUUAUCAACUUAAGCAUAUGUGCCAAUCAAUGGAUAACAUUUUAUGUCAUGAUACAACAAAUGAUCCGUCAAAGGAACCUUCAGAAGCACAUAAUCAUUCUCGGCGUAGUGGAUUGAGUUUUGCCGUUGGUGGUGCUGCAUCUUCAAACAAGCAAAGUGCAGUUAUCCCUGCUACACGACCUUUAACUCGAGCAGAAUUGUCAAAGAAAUUCAGGGAUCAUUUUGGGUACACCCUUGACAUCGGACCAUCUGGAAUUCCUCACAAAGAUGCAGGCCAAGGUCUGUUCUUAUCUGGACAAGCAAAUGUCGGUGCUGUCCUAGCCAUCUAUCCUGGUGUUGUAUAUUCACCUGCUUACUAUCGAUAUAUACCUGGAUACCCAAGAAUUGAUGUUUGCAACAACUACCUGAUCACAAGAUAUGAUGGAACAAUAAUUGACGCAAAACCAUGGUGUUUUGGUCGUGACACGAGAGAAUUAUGGGAUGGUUCAGAUUUGGUGGAUUACAAUGCUAUGCCACCUAAAGGCUCAGAGAACAACUCUGAUCGAGUGUGGAGAAUGCUUAGCAAGCCCCUAGAGAAAAGUGUAAGGGAAAAUUUUGGUGAAGUGCUUGAACGCCGAAAUCCCCUUGCUUUUGGUCAUUUCGCAAAUCAUUCACCUAAAGGUUCAAGUCCUAAUGUCAUGAUCUGCCCAUACGAUUUUCCUUUGACAGAGAAGAACAUGAGAGUAUACAUCCUUAACAUUACGUUUGGUGGUGAAGAGACCAUUAAGACGAAGAGGUUUGGCUCCUUCUAUUUCAAGUCUGGAGGUUCUGAUAAUCAAGCUGGUGAUUCUCUAGUGCUGAAGACGCUAGUGCUCGUGAGUACAAUGUCCAUCUGUGAUGAAGAGCUCUUCCUUAAUUACCGUUACAGUUACUCAAAGCGGCGACCAGAGUGGUACAGCCCUGUCGAUGAAGAAGAGGAUAAGAGGAGAUGGAGCUAG